UUGCAUCAGGCAGAUGUGCGAGAGACGCCUGUAAGGAAGGACGUAGUUUCAAAACAUUUCGGAGCAAGUGACAUUGAUCGUUACAAUUAUUUGAUCGAGCCCAGUUUCGGCGCCAUGGCGCCGUAAAAUGACCGAGCACAGUGUGGACACUUGAGGAAAAGGUCAUGGAAGAUGAGGAGACGACGGAGGAGGAGCAGAUUUUCCACAACACGGUCCGCGAGAACAUCAUAUUCCUGCUCCUGUUCUUGGCCCUGAUCGCCGUGAGUUGGUCCUUAGUGAGACGCUAUCGAAAAAGAGAACGAGACGACAUUUUAGUGGACGAUGAGGAAGCGACUGUGUACAGAAUCAGUUUGUGGCUGUGCACAUUCUCGCUGGCAGUGGCAGCUGGAGCGGUCCUCCUCCUUCCCAUAUCCAUAAUCAGCAACGAGGUUUUGCUUCAUUACCCCAAGUCUUAUUACGUGCAGUGGCUCAACAGCUCUCUCAUCCAAGGUCUCUGGAACCACAUUUUCCUCUUUUCAAAUCUGUCCCUCUUCGUCCUUCUGCCCUUCGCCUACCUGUUCACCGAGUCGGAGGGAUUUGCAGGUCACAGAAAGGGGAUUUUACCAAGAAUCUAUGAAACGUUCAUCGUUCUCCUUUUGUUGGCUUUUGUGGUGCUUGGACUUGCAUUCAUUUUAUCGUCAAUGCUAGACAGCGACAAGUCAAGUUUGCAGAAACUUUUCAAUCUCUCCAGUUACUAUUUGCCAUUCAUAUACUCAUGCGUCUCCUUCCUGGGCGUUCUUCUCCUGCUUUUAUGCACUCCUGCUGGUUUGGUUCAGCUCUUUUCCAUGGCCAGCCAAAUUCUUGUAAAGCCGCAGUUCUUGCGUGAUCUCAAUGAAGAAUAUUUUGUUGCCAAGUUUGAAGAGGAGUGUUUGAAGAAGCAGCUGGAGGCACACACUUCGAAGUCCAACGGGAAUGGUGCUCUUCCUCAUUCAAAUUUCUCUACGCCAAAAAGUGCAAACUCGCGGAAGCGGAAACUAUCUGACAGUGACGAUGAAGAUGUGGUCGAUAAAGUGUCCCCCUUUGCCUCCUCCGUGUUCAGUGCAUCUCUGCUCUUAGCAAAUUCAACUAUUCUUCCCUCUUCGCCCGAUGAUCCAGAUGCAGGCCUUAGAAAUGGCGCCUUAAAAGCAAGCCUGACUCAGAGACUGAAUGCUGCCAGAGCAAAGACUAAUUUACUACAAAAACAACGCCACGGAUCAACGCUGAAGCGAAACUUUUUGUACCCCAUUGCCAUGUUGUUGCUUCUAUUCUUGACCUGCACCACUGUUGUUAUUGUUGUCCAGAAUGCUGUGCAGUUGGUAGUUGGACUGAAGGAACUCCCCCGGAGCACCAGAGAACAAGUUACCCUCGGUUUAGCUUCCCUCUCCAAACUUGGCAUGUUUGGUGCCACUUUAGAAAUUGUGCUGAUUGUAUACUUGGUGGCCACGUCUGCCGUCGGUCUUUUCACCACAUCGUUCAUGAGAAGAGUGCGUCCUGUUCCCUCAGCAACUCCGCUAUCCUCGAUUAUUUUACAUUGCGCCCUUCUCUUGCUCUUAAGCUCUGCUUUACCACUUCUUUCAAGAAUUUUAGGAAUCACAAACCUCGACCUGCUGGGAGAGUUUGGCCAGAUCGAGUGGCUUGGAUCACUUCUGAUCGUCCUGUCCUACAACACCUUAUUUGUUCUCUCUGUCUCUGCCUGUAUAGCUACUAAAUUCACAGCCACUGUGAGAGAAGAGCUUUAUGCUAGAUUGAAAGGAUUCGCAGUUUCCCUUGUGAGUAAUGAUGUGACCUGCCCCACAUGGCCUAAUAGCCCUAUCCAAGCAACAGGUUCUGCGAAUUCAUCGUCUUCUGCUAAAGUAGAUUGAAUCUUUUAAAUGUGCAGUCUGAUUUAAUAUAGGAUUUUGUUAGACUUGAGUUCAAAAUCAACAUAAAUUGUAUCAAUCGUCGGUCCCGCUGACGAGGGAAAAGGUGAAGCCUUUUAGCACAAGCGAUAAUUUGAUAAUUUUAUCGAGCCUUAAUGUGUAAGAUUGUAAGAAAGACUGCAUUGUUGUAAGUAAUAUACAUAUUGUCCCUCUUUCAAAUUGUAAAAUAACACUUGAACAGCAUUCAUCAAGAAAAAACAAGAUGCGACCAUUUUAAAUUGAUAGGUUGAUGACUGUCCUUUUUUUAAAUGCAGCCAUUAAUUAAGCGCUCCUACAAUUGCUACUCAUAGGUUCUUUCGCAUGGUAUUACAUUGGCAAGUGAUUGAUCGAUUGCAUUUAUUGUUAUGUGCACCUUGUUAAUGAAUGUGAUAUAACAUUAUCAAUUUUGUGGGGUCAACUCAGUAUGAAAAACAUUAACGAGACUACAAAGUGACCAGUUUUAAGAGUAAUGUGUUUUGCUCAAUUUCAUAGCUUAUGUGUAUGUAUGUAAAUAAUGCAAUUAAGCACAAUAGUAUGCAGUAUAUUAAAGCUGAUCAAGAGCAAUGGAAUUAAAAUUUUAUUUCACCAAAACUAUGUACAGUACGGAUGGAGAACAAUAAAUAAUAUGCAUUCUGUGUAC